AUGGUGAUGUUCUAUAUGGUACGGUAUUGUCGUGGAUGUUUACGUCAGUCACUUUGUCGAUCAUCGAAAGCAAUGUUGCCCUUACACUCACGAUAUCAAUUUCUUCUAUGCUGCAUGGUGCAAAUAUCAGAACAACUCUUGGAGAAAAUUCCUACCGAGCUGACAUUUAGCCAGAAAGUGUUCCGAGAUUUUCCAUCACAGGAAUCUGUCAACAACACUAAUGAAACAACAAUCCAGGGAUUUCCAUCAGGAAGAAAUGGCUCUCACUUAAUUAGGAUGAAUGGAAAACUUCGCUCGGUAGUUUUUGAUGGAGACAUGAUUAUGAGCGGUGCGUUAUUACGGAGCUUAGAAGCGGAGCUACUGCAAAAUCAUCGGAAGAAACGAUGGGCGUACCGAGAUACUUUCUAUCCGAGCACUAUUUGGAGUGAUGGGGUGCCGUACGUCUUCGAUGAGGACCUUCCUUCCAUAGCAAUACUCAGUUUAACAUAUGCUAUGAGAUUUUGGGAACAGAAUACGUGCGUAACGUUUCGAGAACGUAUAAAUGAGACGCAAUAUAUUUUUUUCACAGGAGAAAACAGAGGCUGUUUCUCGUCCGUGGGAAAAGAUGAUUCACAACCGGAACAACCGGUUAAUAUUGGGAAAGGAUGUUAUCACUUUGGAGUGACCACACAUGAGGUAGGACACGCUCUUGGCCUCUUUCAUCAUCAACAACGGUAUGAUCGAGAUGAUUACAUAACGUUCAUCAAAAAACAAGUGCCGAAAUCAUAUUGGCUUAAUUUCGCAAAGAUUCCUAAAAAAUUCCUUGGCACAUAUGGUCUUCCGUACGAUGUCGGAAGCAUUAUGCACUAUACUCCAACUGAAUUUACCUCAAAUGCAUUUCUUCCUGGUCUUCUGACUAAGGAUACGAAUCUCCAGGCAACGAUGGGAUCAAUGGAUGGACCAUCAUUUCUUGAUGUACAAAUCGUGAACAGGCACUACCAAUGCUAUAAGAUGUGUAAUGAAACCGAAUACAAACCAAAUUGUCUGAACGGAGGUUAUCCGAAUCCGCAUAAUUGCACAAUUUGCAAAUGCCCUACGGGAUUCGGAGGUGAUUUCUGCCAGUUAAUUGAGUCUUCGGGAGUAAUGAACUGUGGUGGUUUGAUUCCAACCAGUUCGAGGCUAACGCGAAUGAAAAUUCGUCUCGUUUCAAGUGGUCCGCAGAAGAGAAAAUGUGUUUAUCAUAUACGUGCUCCACCGAACCGUCGCAUUAUGAUUGGUUUGGAGUCGGUUCGUGGAGAUUGCCAAGAAGGAUGUUACACCACGGCAGUAGAGUUGAAGAUGAACGGAGAUUUUCGUCCUGUUGGAUACAGAUUUUGCUGUGAAUCGCAUUCGUUCCGUCGAAUUCUCUCCAAAGGAAGAAAUAUUCCUCUCAUGUUCUUCGCACGUAAUUCAUCGCUCGAAGUCACAUUAUUUUUCCGAUGGGUUGUACUGACUCCUGAUGCCGAGGAUGCUAACUAUCUCAAUACGACAGAGUUGACGGAGGUAUACAAGCAAAGUGAUGCCGACAACGGACUAGACAUGCAAGUGUUGCAAUUACCAUAUGAAGAUCGUUCACCUUAUCGUAACAAAGAAAUGAAAGAUCGAGCAUCUAAGUCCCAGCUCGCUAAUGAUGAAUCGGAUUACGUUGGGCAAUACGGGAGCAAUGGAGAAAGCUACGAAGACCUUUCUAUAUACAGUUGA